CGCUAUAGACACAGAAAACUAAUUUAGCUGCACAGUAGCUAACAUUUGUGUUAGCAGGCCUCAAAGCCUCGGGCUUUCCUGGUUUAAGUGUCUACCCUAGCGACGCGACACUAUUAAACAAGUUUGCGCUUCGCAGCGAUAAUACAAGCGAAAGAUGUGUUAAUUAAAAAUUAGGUUCUUUUAAGUAGUUCUAAUUGUGUUCUCCCCGUUGUAUGUACUUAAUAUGGGUCUCAACGCUUGUUUGAAGCCAGAAUCAAUAUCGAAACACAAUCAAGUUUUAUUUUUAGUUAUCCAGACGUGUUUAGUUAAGUUUUAAAAAAAAUAUGUGAGGUUUACAUUUAACUCCUAAAGCAACAACAAAAUAUGAGUCCGUUUUGAUAAAAAAUUCGAUGUGAAAAGCAGAGAUUUUGUUGUUUGGACUCCAGACGGUUCCUGUGCAGAACUCGUCCGUUGUUAGUCUGAGGGUUCGGUGACUGUUGUAUCAUGGUGGGCGGAGUCUCAGCCAGUGCAGCGUUUGAAAGUGAGCGCGAGGAGCGCGGGACAUGUCCGGGCAUAUGUACGCGCGUGGCAGCUGCACGGAACAGCUCAUCCCUUCCGCUCAGUCAUCGGGGGCUGAUGCCCGGACGUAUUCAGCCUGAAGGACAGUGCAGAAGAAAUGAUGGGCCGCUGACAGAGGAAAUACGGGGACACAAACAGCUUCAUCAUGUCAGCUGACAGGGAGAUCAACACAGACGCUACAAAUGAAAACAAUCUGGUCAGACCAAAGGUAGAAUUCUGCUCCUUGCUGCAACACGCCGGAGCCACUAAAGAUGUCUUCACCAUGAAGGAGGUGAUGUUCUACCUCGGUCGGUACAUCAUGCAGAAGCAGCUGUACGACCAGAAGCAGCAGCACAUGGUGCACUGCGCUCAGGACGCUCUGGGCCGGGUUCUGGGAGUCGACAGCUUCUCCGUGAAAGAACCGCGAGUUCUGUUUGCAAUGAUCACCAAGAACCUGGUGGCUGUAAAUAACAAAGAUUCUGCCUCAGACUCUGGUGAAUCGGCGAGCAGCCGGCCGGACCGCGGCUCCGAGGUUGCAGAGACAGAGGGCCGCUCUUCAUCACUUGACAGGAGGAGGAGGAGAAGGAGGAGCCACAGAAGCAGCGAUCCAGGGCCGUCUCAGAGCGUGGAGGAGGAGGAUGAAGCAGAGGAGGAGGAGGAGGGGGAAGGCAGGAAGAGGAGAAGGUCUGACAGCUACUCCCUGACCUUCGAUGACAGCCUGUCUUGGUGCGUGAUUGGAGGGCUGGUGAGUGGGCGGGACAGACAAAGCAGCCAAUCCUCGAGCUCGGAGAGCACGUCGGAAAGGUCGGAGGUCACGGCAGCGCCUUCAGAGUCGGACAGCGACAACUUCAGCGUGGAGUUCGAGGUGGAGUCCAUCGAUUCUGACGACUAUGGCGAAGACGACGCGUCUCUGUCAGCAGAUGAUCAGGUGUACGAGGUCACCAUCUUUGAGGCCGACGAUGAAGACUCCUUUGAUGAAGACACCGAGAUCACAGAGGCUGAUUACUGGAGGUGUUCAAAGUGUGACGAAUUGAACCCCCCCCUGCCCAGAAACUGUCUCCGCUGCUGGGAUCUGCGUCAGGAUUGGCUGCCUAACCAGUCCGCCAACGCCGCCUCCAGCCCCAAAGCGCUUCCUACCAAGCCAAACAACCAAUCAGACGCCAAAGACGCUCCAGGUUGUGAUGUGGAGGACGCUGAAGGAGUCGACGUUCCAGAUGGAAAAAGAACGAAAAGCUCUCCUUCCUCACAGAGUCAGUCGGACUACAGCUGCUCUGCUCCAAACUCCCAGGAUCUCCUCUCACUGUCACAGCCCUCCUCCUCCUCCUCGCAGGAGAAGCUCUGGACUCCAGAGUCGCAGCCCUGCUCUUCCUCACUAUCUUCAGACGUCAACGAGCUCCUCCCCUCUUCGCCUACAGCUCCUCCUCCCCCUCAGUGCCUCCCCGAGCUGGAGCGCAGCGUGUCGGCAGAGUGGCGCCUGCCGGACUCCUGCCUGGACCCGUGCCUCAUCUGUCAGUCGCGGCCCAAAAACGGCUGCAUCGUCCACGGACGGACGGGUCACCUGAUGUCCUGCUACGUCUGCGCCCGCAAGCUGAAGAAGAGGAACAAGCUGUGUCCGGUCUGCAGGAUGCCCAUCCAGUCCGUGGUCCUCACCUACCUGAGCUGAGGCGCCGUCUGCUCAGGCCACACCUACCUCAGCUGACGCACCUUCAGCCCCGCCUCCUGGUGGUCCUUAGCGAUGGAAAUAAAUAAAAGUUUUGUUUGAAUUUCAUUUAGAAACAUUUUUUCUUUUAUUGAAAGGAUUGUAAGUUUGACCUGACUGUGCACUUUCUGAAUUUAAUCUUAAAUAACUCGAUUGUCACAAAUUAUUAAAAUGUUGCUCAAAUAUAUUUUUAAUUAUUUGCUAAUAAAUCCUUAAUUUGAAUUCAGAAACUCCUGAAAGUUGAUUCAGUGCUUUAAUUAACCUUCUUUUCAAGUUUUUCUUAACUUUAAAAUGUAUUUUUAGACAGAAAAGUUGAUAAAUCAAAUUUUAUUUCAGCAUUUUUUUACAGUUUUGGGUCUAAAUGUCUUUGAAACUGAGCAGCUGCUGUUUAAAGAUAUUAUUUUUAUAAUAAUCUGAAGGCACUGCAGGACUUUGUGAAAACUAGAGGUGAAAAAAUGAAAAAGUAACUUAAAGAUCCGUGUUUUUGUGGCCAAUUUUUAUUUUCAGUGGUAUCUUUUUAUUUUAAUCCCUUUUGUCUUUUUUUUUCUUUUUUUCAAAAGAAAAUAAUCAAAUGAGUCAUUUAUUUAUGAGAUUUGGGAAGAAAGUGUUUGUGAACUUUCAGUGAUGUCAUGGAUUUUAUUUUGUAAACUUUUAUUAUACUUAAAAGACAAUUUUUUUCAAAGUAUUGAUUUAAAUUCAUUUAUAAGCAGAGAUGACAUCUUCAUUAUUUAUUGUUUGCAUAUUUAAGAUGCUUUGGUUUAUUUAAUCUGUUCCAUGACUGUAUAAAUAAUGAGAUGGAUUCUAUUAAAUUUGAUGUUUGCUUUGAAA